AUGUGCCUGGCGAGAAGCUUUGUGAAAGAACUUGUGAAAAAGGAGACGGUGGAGCGCGUAGCUCCAGCUGAGGAAGAAGUGCCGGAACUCUGGUACUCACCUUACGGAGAGAAGACCCACACCUCAGGAAGAUGUCAUGGCCUCAGGAACGCAACCAGCGUACACCGAGUACUACCAUGCAAGUACUGCUGUCCCGGCGGACUCCGAUCCCGGGAACAACGCACCUUCGAGUACAAGAGAACCUUUUUGGAAGCAGCAGGAAAGUACCUUUGGCUAAAAGUCUUCAUGGUUGUGGUUCUCAUGGGCAUGUCAUGGUUCAUGGUGUUUGAAGUGAACGAGACCUACGGCUACCCGUUGGCCACGAACCGCAUGCUGAACUACAGGAACAAGGUCCUCAGCCUCGACAACAAGAACCCCAAGAAGAAGCAUGUGAUAAAGGAAAUUACCCCAGCGGAUGUUAUCAACGUCACGAGCUACCUCAAGAAGACGAACGUGUACUCCGAGUUCUACAAGAACAGAAGUAAAGGAACAAAGUUGAAGUUGCACAGGUCAGUUUGCAGCGUUCUUUUCAAGAAGCGCGCUCUCAACAACGACAUCCUUGAGAAGAUCAACGCAGUCGAGAUGGACGCACAAGGAAAGGCAAUAAAGACGGAAGGCAGAAGGAUGCUGAACUUAACGUUCUUUGAUGACGACGGAAGCUUUUGUCGCAUCCAGGAAGCCUUCACCGUUGCCUCGGUGAUCAACCCGCUGAUGGCCAUAGGCAAGCUGUUUCGAGAAGGCUGGGAGUUGCGAGUGAACGAAGAAGAAGGUAUGUGUCUUACAGACGGAAGCUCAAGAAUACCAGUGCAUCUCCACAAGAACAGCUUGGCAGCCUACGCCUACGUACAAACUCCUUCAAGAAGCAGAAGUUACAGCAGCAACAACUACAAGAUGGUUCGGACAGUUGUUCAGCUCAACAAGCACGUUCAGGAAGCAGUGAACAAAGAAGAACCUGGUUGGCACAACACAGACAGCAUGGUGAUCGUGAAGUACGCCACUCAAAGCAGCUACGAGAACCCAUCUCUCAUGUAUAGCCCUACGCACUUUCCGUACAGAAGCACUUUGGUGAAAGAAGAGAGAGGAUGGAGAGCAGUUGAAGUUUCAAGAAAGUACUCCGAGAAGGCAGACCCUUUUGAAGAGUUUGCAGAAGGAGAAAAGGAAGUGGUUACAGCCAUUUCAGCAAAGCCAAUUCCACUUUGGAUCCUUGGCACCCCUUAUGCAGCUGGAGACCGAGCAGAGCAAGAAAGUCAUGGUCGUGACUACUGGAAAAUGGACCUCGAGAAGGGAGAAGUUGUUCGUCACCACGUAGUACCGAGAACUGUACUGUUUGACCCGACAGGAGUUGCCAACUGUCCUGUCCUCCUUGGAGAUCUUGAGAACAGCAGGUAUACCCAAGGAGACUGCAUCUACAGUACGGAGAUCUACGAACACAGCGACGACUGGAGAGCAGACCGCCUACCUCUACGUGAACACUUUCGUUUGCCGUGGUUUGGUCAAACAAGGUUCCGUGUGAAGCCAGAAGUUGUUGAAGACCUAAAAGCAGAAGCUGCAGCAGAGGAGCUCAAGAAGAAGAAAGAAGAACACUACCAAAAGAAGGAAAACUCAGCAGCACCACCAGCAGCAGAAGAGAGCAAAGAUGAGGAGAUGAGAGAAGCACAAGCAGACCAAGAAGCACCACAAGAAGUUGUUGAAGUUUUGGAGGAAAUCUUCUACCACGAAGGUGUCGAGUACACAGCGCAGAAAAGCAGUCUUAAGGAACUACAAGCACUUUGCAGAGAGUACAGAGUGAAGACAACAGGAAGCAAGAAGCAGCUCUUGAAGAGACUCGCCACAGCAGUCAGAGAAGAAAGGCUCAGCACGCAACACAAGGAACAACGGGAACACCACCAAGCAUACCACCUAGCACCACCACAGGAACCAACGGAAGAGGAGAGAGCGUACCACAACUUGACGCACCUUCCGUAUCAGCCUUGGUGUCCCCAUUGCGUUGCUAUGAAAGCACGAGAAGACAACCACAAGAAAGGAUUGAGCAAGCCAAGCAGCUCUACGGAUUCCGCGAAGCCCGUCAUCAGUUUUGACUUUUGCUAUACAAGCACCACAGGAAGUGAAGAGCCACCAGCAGUGACUCUUGUCGCUGUGGACAGCUGGAGCAAGGCAGUCUUGGCGGUGCCCUGCAAGAGGAAAGGAGGAGCAGGAAGCACAACGCAUCUCGCGGAAGCACUCGUGCAGUUCACCACGCAGCUCGGGUACAACACCCUCGUUCUCAAAGCAGACAACGAGAACGCAGCCAAAGCACUCAAGGACAAAGUACAGAAAGAAGAACGCGAACAGCUCGAGAACGACGAGGCCGCUAGCGACCCUCCGAGUUCGGAGGAACCAAGCUCACCCAGCAAGCUACGAAAGCAAGUUAACAGAGCAGAGGAAGCAGACGGUUACCUCAACAUGCCUCAUGAUGAUGAAGUCUACGAAGCAGAUGAUGAGUUUGUGUACGAGUCAGAAGAAGAAGAAGAGGAGACAGAGAGUGAACCAACGGAAGUUUUUACCAAGGUCCCUGUCGAGUUCUUCGACGAGGAGAAAGGACCACCGAACGUGGAUCCGGCUUUUCUUCAGAAGUUGGAUGAUGAAGCUACAGUCAAAGAAAUCAAAAGGUUAACAAAGAUGGGAGUUAUUUCGUUGGUUUCUACGGAUCCUCAGGAAGCAACUGAGAACGUACCUCUGGUAGAUUCAGAGCAAGAACUUCACAAGUGGUUGACAACGAAGUUGGUGAAAGAUUGGAGGUUCAGAGAAGCUACAGGUUUUGAAGCUGAAGAAGCCAAAGAAGGAACAACAAAGCCCAAGCAGAUUCAAAGAAUCACAAAACUGGUGCCCAUGUUGGCUCUCGCCAACCAUUGGGCGAUCUACAGUGUCGACGUGAAGGACGCGUUUCUACAAGUCAACGCGACGCAUCCAGUCUUUGGUCAGACUUUUGUGAUGGUCUUUUGGUGGAAGAGAAGUUUGAGCGUUGUACUGCAGUUCCAGCACUUUACCGUCUUCUACGGAAAGAAGGAAGUCAUCGAACCAAUCCUCAGGAACCUCAAGAAGAAAGUGAACCUACAAGUUGAAGGACCUCUUCUGAACGAGGAAGACUACGAGAAAGGAUUUUCUGAGGAGACCGUGAAGUUUCUCAAAAGGAAGUACACGUACGAACAACAUGAACUACGAGUACAUAGCGAUAGCAAGUACGUGAAGAAACUCGUGGAGAUCCUCAAGCUGGAGAAGAAGAAGGCCAAGAACUCACCCUGCACACCGGCUAGUCAGGAACCUGACGUAUCCCAAGAACUGGACGAGGAACACUCGAGAACGUACAGAAUUUGUGUCGGCAUUUUGCUGUACGUAGCGCACGACCGUCCGGACAUUCAGUUCGCAGUACGUAGCCUCAGUACUGCCAUGACGAAGCCAACGGAACGCAAGAGAAAGGAGUUGGAACACUUGGAACGUCAGCUCUACGUCACCGCGCCGAAGAACCACAAGAACUACAAGAACCUCGAGAACAACCACGCGAACGUUUGCUGGAAGUUUUUAGUGAACUACGACGUGGACUCCUUCGACGAGGCAAAGAAAGAAGUAAAGGAGGAGUUCGGAAACCAAGAGACAGAGUUUGAGGAGACAGUGAAAAGGUUUUUGAAGAAGCAGAAGGAGGUCUUAAGCGAGAAGGAGACAGCCCUUGAAGAAGCUGAGGAGAACGUCAAAGCAAAGGAAGCAGAGGUUGAAAAGAAGAAGAAAGAGGCAGAGAAGAAAGAGAGAAAAGCCCAGGAAAGAACCGCCGGCUACGACCAGGAGAGAGAAGAGUACGCCAAGAAGUACGUUGACGACGCGAAGAAGGACUUGGAGAGAGAGCUUAAAGUGCUAAAGCAAGAAGAGAAAGUAAGGAACCAGAAGCUCGACGACCUCCAGUACGACUACAAGAGCCUCAAGGACGACUACCACUACUUCAAAGGUUACUCACAGGAAGUGGACGCACUUCUACUUGCAGCUAAGGACAAGAUCGUGAAGUACAAGAAGAAGGUCAAAAGCCUCAAGGAAACCUUAGGUGCAACCUUGUCUGGAAGCGAAGGUGAAGAAGAGACAGAAGAAGCGUACAAGAGCAAAGCAGAGGAAGAGAAAGAGAAGGCAGAGGCUAAGGCAAAAGAGGAAGAGAAGAAGAAAGGAAAAAGGCCAAAGCAGGUAGAGACAGAAGACCAAGAAGAGAAGCCGUCAAGCAACCAAGGAGACGAAACUACCGUCGACCCGAACGACAUAGCCGAGUUCACACAGCUUGGCUACGUGUGGGAGUUCAACAAGAAGACGCAGGAGUACCGCGCGAAGUGUGAGGACAAGAAAGGAGCCCCAAGAAUCAAGAACGCUCCGGUGAAAGGCCGCCUCCUUUGGAACAAGGUGACGGAGUGCUACAGGAAACACAACAUUUGGUUUACAGACGGAAAGGAAUUGGAUAAAUUCCUCGAGACCAAGGAGAACGAGAAGAUCGAGGAAGAAGUGCAGCGACGCAUCCACGCGAAAGGCAAGCACGACAACCAAGGAACGAAGGGAAAAGGCCCUUCCUGGGACGACGGACAGAACGACGGUUGGUGGUACAACGAGCAGUGGAACAACGAGAACUGGAACACCACCGACGACGGCAGCAACUGGUACGAGAACGCGAACCCGCACAACAAAGGCUACUGGCAGACGCCAGAAGAGUGGGCGCAGCAGAACCAGUGGGAUCAGUGGACACCCAAAGGAAAGGGUAAAGGCAAGAAGUCCAAGAACUGGGUGCAGACCCAGUGA